AUGACUAUUCUAGUCACAGACGACAGAAUGCCCGCGCGCAACCACCUUCCACUUCCCCAUUCAUUAUCAUCGGCUCUACCGAGUUACCCCUUCAUCUUCACCUCGUCGAAACCCGAACAGGAUCACGAUGUAGCUCUUACUGCUCCUCUUCAACGUACAAACGGAUUACUAGAAGGUAAAAUGCAUGAUUAA